AUGGUCUCCUACAGCGAUGAUAUGACCGCAUUCAAAACCACCGCGCCAGAGCUGACGGCUUCUCCUGAAAACACGAUACAAGACACUGCUCCGCCAGAAAGUUCUGUUCAUUCUGGCCUACUGAAGGAAUGUCUCGAUUUCACCCUUGACUUUCUGUCGACCUCUGGCAACGAAGGACUACUCGGCGUAUUUGGGCUUCUUGUUAUCGGAACCUACAUAAUAUUGGGACGACUUGGCCUACUAAUAAUCGGCGCUGCACUAGGGGCCAUUCUACAUGCUUCAUGGGAGGGAUCGAUUCAUUCCAACCACAAUGAUGUCUUAUCCACCUCGAAGAGGCGGCGUGAACUGGCCCUGGAGGUUUCCAAAAGAUUGCUAGAUUGGGCCCCCCGCAUGGUUUCUGCUGCCAGUGAGGAAGGCGUUGAUGGAAAUCUUGUCGCACUGCCAGAAGAUCUGACCAUCUCGGAUCUUGAAUACAAAACUUUCCGGCCAGCAACUGCUGCCGCGUUGAGAGUGCUCACUGAUGCGGUCUUGAAGGACUACGUGAAGUAA